AUGUAUAGACUUUAUACCAGAAGGGUCAGAGCUGCUGCUGGGUCCCUGUGGAAUAGAAAUCUCUCCAAGAUCAGACAGUCUUUUGAAAACAUCCGCCAAAAAUGUAACAUUCGACACCAGUGCUCAGCUAGAUAUCCAACAGUGAGUUCCCAUGAGAGUGACGAAGAUGACUUCAGUUUGGAUGAAGAAACACAUUUCACAGAAGUACUUCAAGAUAUUAAAACAUCCCAAAAUGAUCUUCUUAACCAAACGACGGAUAUGGUCAUUAUGAUAGCAAGAAUCCAGGAAAAGAUAGACCAUUAUGACACACAGAUAGAGAUCCUACAAGCCAGAAUGAAUGCUAAUGAAGACAAACAAGCCGCCAUCACCAACGAUAUCCUCUCCCUGAAAGAAAACAUCGAUGUUUCAAAGAAGAAGAUGACAGAACUGGAAAGCUGGAAAUCAUGCUCCAAUAUGCCCUGUUUAGAAAUUCCAGAGGAAGAAUCAAGAGAGAAAAUCGUAGAACUGUUUCAAAAAUUUGGACAACCAGAUGCUCAAAAGAAUACAUCAGUUUCUACAGAUUCAGAAACAUCUACAGCAAACCCCAAGGAAGUUCCUAUUCCAGAAUGUACUCAUGGUCUGGAAAAAAGCACAAUUUCUCCUAAAAUUAAAACUCUGAAGAAAAGUAACCGAGAAAAUGCAUCAAGAAACUUACAAAAGGCAAAAUCAAAUAUUUACAUUUACCCAGACUUCGGAACAUGGAUCAAACUAACGUUUGUCCAGGGAGGAAAGUGGAGUUUUUUCCUCCAUGCCACCAAGUUGGAUGACUUUGUCCAGUGGCUUCUAUCUAGACCAACCGAACAGCCCGAGGAGCCACUAAUCACACCCCAGAGAGAAUCUGUCUCCGGUGGAUUUAUUGAAAACCUGACCAAAAUCUGUCUCUCUGUUGUGAACUACUUUUACUGCCGUUUUGGCUUCUCAGAAGUAGAAGUAACUGGACUGUAG